GACCUGGCAACCUGGCUUGGAAAAGUACCGGAGGCUGUUCGGAGAGCGACAAUAGUGUCUGAGGGAAAGUUGACCCGGACUGUUGUGAACGAACAUGGACUCUACGGCGGUGGAAAUCGACGGCAGCGUGAUGGAAGGAGGAGGACAGAUUCUCAGAGUCUCCGCGGCGCUCAGCUGCAUCACCGGGACAGCCAUCAAAAUCACGAAAAUCCGCGCGGGGAGGAGCACACCUGGACUCAGACCACAGCACCUCAGCGGCCUGCAGCUGGUUUCAGACCUGUGCUCAGGCAGUCUGCAGGGAGCCAGCAUCGGCUCAACGGACGUCAGCCUGACUCCAGGAAAGAUCCGCUCCGGAAGCCACGUGGCCGACCCACAGACCGCCGGGAGUGUGUGUCUGCUUCUGCAGGUCGCUCUGCCCUGUGCUGUGUUCGCCGACGCCGCCUCACAGCUCUGCUUGAAGGGAGGCACCAACGCAGAAAUGGCGCCUCAGAUUGACUACACCCUGAAGGUCUUUAAACCCAUCGUAGAGAGGUUUGGAAUCAACUUUGACUGCGACGUCAAAAUGAGAGGUUACUACCCGAAAGGAGGAGGCGAGGUGAACGUGACGGUGAAUCCAGUCAAAGAGCUGCGGCCCGUCACCCUGACGGAGCGAGGAAACAUCACCAAGAUCCACGGCAGGGCGUUUGUCGCUGGAGUGCUGCCCUUCAAACUGGCUAAAGACAUGUCAACUGCUGCUGUUCGAACCAUCAGGAAGGAAAUCAAAGAACUCUACAUCAACAUCCAGGCGCUGCAGGAAAAGGAGAAGGCUUGCGGCAACGGGAAUGGUAUCAUAAUCAUUGCAGAGUCGUCAACAGGUUGUUUGUUUGCCGGUUCUGCUCUGGGGAAGAAGGGCGUGUACGCAGAUAAAGUUGGUAUCGAGGCUGCUGAGAUGCUGCUUAGGAACAUCAGACACAACGGCUGUGUGGACGAGUUCCUGCAGGAUCAGCUCAUUAUCUUUAUGGCCUUGGCGAAGGGAACGUCCCGCAUCAGAACCGGCGCCGUGACUCUCCACACGCAGACAGCCAUUCACAUCGCGGAGCAGCUGACUCAGGCAAAGUUUACAAUAUCGAAGUGCGAGGAUGAGAUGAGCAGCAGCGUCACCUACAUCAUCGAAUGUCACGGAUCGGGAGUGGUUAACCCCAAUCUGUAGCCGGACGCUGACGUGAACGCGCCGCCUGUGAAUGCACUGAAAACACUAUCGGACUGGUAGCUGCUCCCACUCUCUUAGCUUCUGUCUCUCAGGGUUUUUCCUUAAAUAUACUGUAAUAAGUAAAUAAAAUAAACAAAAAUCUCAAUGUC